AGUCACGGAACUAGUGAAUGAAGAUAUUAUUGUUAUGAAAUGACUAUUAAUCAGUGUAAUUUGACGAGUGCAUCAUUAUCGCCUUUUAAUUUUUCUCUUAAAUGAACAAAUUUUUUCUUCUCGGAUUAGUAACAAAUUGUCGGUUCGGUGCAAAAUAAACAAAAAGCAGCUUUUAAGAGAAGAAAAGUGACUUUUUCAUUGCGCGCGAAAAGAUAUUAGAGUGAUUUGGAAUGUUUCAAGUGUCUAAUGAGUGUCAAUAAGUUCAAAAUUGCGUGAUUUUAAUGUAAAAAAGAAAAUUGAGGGAGAUAGAUGAAAACUUAUAAUUGCGACAAGGAUAUCUGCGGAAAAACACAGUGAAAUGAACCAUAUUGGCGCGAAAACAGAAGCUGCUCAAACUGCUUGGGAUCAAUUGGCACAAACUCAAAACUAUGAACAUCCAAUACGUCAGCAACAACAGACACAAACAUUAACAGCUCCGUCAAGUGCACAAAAGCUGCCAAUCGUUGCUGUAAACAAUCAAACGCAACCGCCUAUCAGUCAAAUACAACAACAACCAUCAUUACCACCAACUCCGCAACAACAACAACCAGAAUACGGAGAUGAAUUACAUCCAGAACUGGUGCGACAAGGAUGGAAGAAAUUUUGGUCAAAGAGAGAAAAUCGUCCGUACUAUUGGAAUAAGAUAACAAAUGAAUCGCUAUGGGAAACGCCAGUUUUAAAUCGUCAAUUUGAUCCGUUAACGGAUCCAUUAGGGAUUUGCAGUACAACAUCAACGUCUGGUCCAAAUAGUCCUCAUUCUCCACUUCCUGGACCUUCCAGACCGCCAUAUAAGCCACCGUUAAAAAGAAAUUUAAGUCAUCCACAUCAAGCUUCGGUACCAAUGAAGAAAUUUGUUUUGGCUGGUCCAUGGGAUUUAGAAGUGCAAUCAAGUGUGUAUAUUUACAAUAGACCACCAUCACAUUUAUUACAUCCACACCCGGAAAUUGAGUACAUGAGAGGAGUUGCUGCACAAAAGCUCUUUCAAACAUUUGAGAACUUAUGUCAACAACGGGAAUCGAUAAAAGCGCCAAGAGGCUCAUUUAAUCGAUGGUUGAUGGAGAGAAAAGUCAUUGAUAAAGGACUCGAUCCAAUCUUACCGAGUUCUUGUCUACCAGAAGUCUCUCCGUCAAUGUAUAGAGAAAUUAUUCAAGAUAUUCCCAUUAGAAUUGUGAAACCAAAGUAUACCAGUGAUGCUCGAAAGCAGCUCUCACGUUAUGCUGAAGCUGCUGUUCAUAUUAUCGAGAAUCGUUUGGCACCUGCUGAAAGCAAAAAGAUUGUUAAAUGGAAUGCAGAGGAAACUUUUGAGUGGUUGAGGCGAACUGUCGGAGCUUCAUAUGAAGAUUUUCAGGAUCGAUUGGAGCAUUUGAGGAGGCAGUGUGAGCCACAUUUGGUAGAAACAGUCAAGAGUAGUGUAGAAGCAUUAUGUAGUAAAAUUUAUCAUCUCUCUGUCGAGCAUGUUAAGAAAAUAAGAGAAAGGCAUGUGCAGUUGCUUAAAGACAAUGGUCUGCAUGAUCCAACUCCUCCACUUCCGCCUAGUCUUAGAAAAGAGGAAAUUUGCUCUCCUAUUCAGUUUGCUUUGCCGCCAAUUCGUUUACCUGUUGUCGACUAUCAAUUUGAACGUGAUCAUAUCAACGUUAAAUACACACAUCCAUCUUCACAGCAGCCCGAUACUCACACUAUUAACAUGACGCAUUUACAGAAAUUAGAACAACUUUAUCGAUAUAAUUGUGAUGAUAACUUCUCAUUAUUCAUUCCACGGUUGUAUUGCAUGUUAAAGAGAUAUUCGACUUUCUUGGGAAAUUAUACGCCUGUACAGCAAGAAUCUGAAAUGACACAAGCCGCAAUUCCUGCGUCCGUUUUUAAUUGCUUGAAUGUCCAUUUUGGAGUUACGUUUGAAUGUUUUGCGAGUCCUUUAAAUUGUUAUUUUCGUCAAUAUUGCUCUGCUUUUGGUGAUACUGAUUCUUAUUUUGGAUCUCGAGGGCCAUUUUUGGAUUUCUAUCCAACAAAGGGCUCUUUUCAGGCGAAUCCGCCGUUUUGUGAGGAGCUGAUUGACGCAACGUUGCAGCAUAUUGAUCGAUUGCUAUCUGAUUCCAAUUAUCCAUUGAGCUUCAUUGUUUUUCUACCUGAAUUUAAGGAUAAGCCAUUAAAAUGUAUGUCACGAAUAGAAGAUAGUGCUUAUAAACGAAAAUUACUAGUAGUACCUGCAAUGGAACAUGAAUAUCGUCACGGAUAUCAGCAUGUUCUCCAAAAAACUGAAGUUAAUGUAAAAAGUACCAAUUCAACACUAGUGUGCUGGCUUCAAAAUGAACAGGGAUAUCAAUUGUACAAACCAACCGAUACAGCAAUAGACGCAUUUUUAGAAUCUUAUAGACCUGGAAAGGAUAAGAAUAUCGAAGCGACUGUCGCAGAAAGCACUGUGACAACAACAAGUAGCAUCGCUGAAACUAAUAAUAAAUCAUAAUUUUAUUUUAUUUUAACGAAGGAAAAAAUGAUAAAAAUUGAGUGAAAUUAAUGCAGCCAUUUGAAACAACAGUAAGUCACAUUUUGUUUUUGCCAUAGUGAGAAUACCACAAGUUCUUUUAAGAUGAGAUGCAUAUAUUACAAAACAAAAAAAAGUUUAUAUUUUAAAACCUAUCGUGUAAGCAACAGUUGAUUGAUUUUACUAGACAUUCUGUUCACAAAGUUUUGUGUGAUUUAUUCAACUUCAUGUCUUGUCACGAGACCAAUUAAACAAAGGAUAUAUUUAAUAAUUUUCACACAAUUUUAAUAAUGAGGAUAAAGAUUAGCAUGAUAGGCAGGCGAGAAGUUAAAAAUUUCUUUAAGAAAGUGCAAAUAUUUAAAUGUCAAAAUGUUGGUUUUUUUGAAUGGCGUAAAGGAUAU